CCAACGCCGCGAAUGCAUUCACUCGCUCUGACUGGCAUGAUAUAGGGCCUACACCCAGGUCAUGUAAAUUUCUAGUCUUCAAUCGAGCUUAUGGGAAUAAGAUAACAAAUACAAAAUGUCCCCCGUUGGGAUUCAACCUUAGCGCAUCGUCGCAUUAGCUAGAAGCAGUGAAUAAGUACUUGUUACCAAUAAAUCUCCGUGGUUCCGCCUCAACAUAUUGCACCAUAUACAACAAUAACGACGACUUAAAUACAUAUCAAUCGAUUGAUAAAAUAAUAAUGUUACGUUUGCUACGUCGACUCGCGCGCACCAUCGCGGCUAAGGUGCGGAAAAUAGAGAUGAUAAUGUUUAAUGCAUCGAUGCGGAGGAGGGGCACGAUACACUCGGUGUGCGACCGGGGCACGCUGGGGCACGCGGCGCGCAGGCGCGGGACCAUACACUCCAUAUGCGAGGUGCUGUCGAUGAGCGAUGAGCUUCGCCGCGCGCUAUACUCGUCGGGCGCCUCCAUCGACAUGGAGUUCUCGCCGCCCGACCUCAUCGGCACCUCGGAGGUAUUCACCAUGGAACACAGAGAGAAGUUGUGCUCGGUGUUGCCGGCGCGCGCGCAGGGCUACAUGUGGUCGCUGACGUUCAGCACGAGUCAGCACGGGUUCUCGCUCGCCUCCAUGUACCGCAAGAUGCAGCGCGUCGACAGCCCCGUACUGCUCGUCAUACAAGACACAGACAACAAUGUGUUCGGCGCCCUGACGUCGACGGCUCUGCACCCGUCGGAGCACUUCUACGGCACCGGCGAGUCGCUGCUGUUCUCGUUCCAGCCCGUGGAGGACACGCGCCGGGCCUCGCAGCCCGCCGACACCGACAAGGAAGACAACAAGGAUGACAAGGAUGAUCAAGUAGCGCCCGUAAAAACUAAGUUCAAGUACUGGGGCUGGACUGGCGAUAACAUGUACUUCAUUCGCGGCAGCAACGAUAACAUCUCGAUCGGCGCCGGCGACGGCAAGUUCGGGCUGUGGCUGGACGGCGACCUGUACCUGGGCCGCACGCAGCGCUGCAAGACGUACGGCAACGAGCCGCUGACGACGCGCGAGGACUUCAUCGUCAAGAUCAUGGAGUGCUGGACCUUCAUCUGAGCGCCGCGCCCUCUGCUCGAGCCGGGCCGCAGCCACGCUGCCCUCCCACGCAUAGCGCUACACUACUCUACUUUCAAAUCAACAAAUAAGCUUUAGAUUAUCUUAUGAAAUUUGCUACGAAGAUUUGACACUUUUACAAGUCAGUCUUUUCGACUUUAGUAUCGAUGAGUCUGAAAACGAUUUUGUACUCGCAUUGUGACUCGAAACGUAGAGCGGCGCAGACCGACCUCGAUCGGCCGUCUGAAGACAAUAUUAUUAACGUCUACGCGCAUUUCUAGUCAAAUGUACUGAAACCUGACCAAUGUUUUCAUCCACUCCGAAUUUAGAGGCGUGUUCGGAUACGAGUGCGGAGCCGGAGCAUUCAUCCUAGUCAAUUGUCAUUUGUGUGUAAGUUACGGAGGCGUCUGGACGGGCCCGGCCGCCGGCGGGCGGGGCGACGUGCCCCACGCCGAUAAUUAUUACGUGUCAAUUCAUACAAUUAAUAUUGUGCAUUGUUGUUAAGGAAAUUAAAGGCAUAUUUGUAACUAUAAAAAUCUGUAUGUUAUGUAGAACUUUAUAUAUUAACGAAUCAAUCAUUACAUACCUACUAUAUGUUUAGCGCCGACUAAAGGCGCGUCCACUAGUGUCCAGUAUCGAGCAAUGUAACACGCAUUAAUUUUAUGAAAGUGAUUCUUGUUCAAAUUGAUUGAUUACUCGCUUCGGAGGUAUUUGGUGGUGUUUGGCAAAGCGAAAGCUAUAACGAAUCUUGCCAAGGAGCCGAGAGCCUCGAGCCGCUCGCGUGAAGCCCGCGCAGGAUCGGUGACACUGUCAGUAUAAAUAUUUUAUUUAUUAAUAUUUUGUGUAGAUUUUGUAUGUUAUGUUGUCGUGUCUGAUUGUAUUGAGUCAUAAUAUUAAGUUAGUGAGCAUAAUUAUGUUACACUUGUACUGUGAUUUGAUUAUUAUGGUUGCAUUUUUUCACUUAUUGGAGCGUUGUCACUGAUUAUUACCUACAUACCAUGAUGUGCUGAUCGCAGUUUAGUGAAUAUCUAACAUAUCCUUAUCAUCCAUGUCAUUGAUGUCAUACCUAAAUGUUAACGAUAGCCUACGGGAUACGAACACGCAAUCAAAUAGUUUUCAAGAAACCAUAGAUUAUUUUCGUGAUGUGACGCUUCAGUACAGAGAUGAGUAGCCAAUAUAUGAAUAUUAUUAAUUAAAUAAAUAGUAAAAAAAAACUAAAAUAGUUAUCUUAGAAUGCUUGAUGAAUGUAAUCGUCAUUGUGCUUAGUAAUCGUUAGCAUGAUGUUACUCAGAUCUAUCUGGUCGUAUAACAUAUUAUGUAUCGUGUGGUGUGAGCUCGCGCGCCAGCACCGCGCCGCGCGCUUCUCACCGCUGUGGCCAGUAUAGUGGCGUUGUUUAUUAUUUUUGUUCGUGUACUGUAUAUACAACAUAUUCUUAUAUGAGAUUAGAUGAGAUAUAAUAUAUAUAUAUUUUUGUGACAGGCCACGCGAAAUAACUAUUGUUUAUAUCGAUGGUAGAAGUACAAGUACCAAAAAUUGUCCCAGGUGUUGAUGGAGUAUCAAAUAUAGCGCGUGCGUCUAUUCAUGCAGAAUAUGUUGACGUUGUUAUUGUUUGUGUACAUCAGGAAUGUAAUAGAUGAACUUAGGUUUUAAAAUUAUAUCGGCAUAAUUAUUGUUAUAAAUUAAUAAUCAUUAGACUUGUUGAGUAGCAGUGAGAAUUAAAAUAUUUAUUUAUUCCGUUAUAGUUUCCAUCUUACGGUUGCUGUAGCUACAUUACUUUAUCGGUGAUGAUUUAUUAUGUAAUUCUAAGUUGUUAAAAUGUAAAUCAAGCCAUAAUAAUUGAGAAUAUAUUCUUUUGAGAAA